GGAACUGCACUCACCUCUUGCGCGUGACAAUCAUCGGUUCCGGGCUACCGGCUGAGCCCGCCCACACUUGUUGAAGUUUUGUGAGUGGUUGGCACCGGGGUUACAUCUGCCGCCGUGCGGCGCCCCUUCCCUUCACCAUGAGCGCCAAGAAACAUGCCAUCGAGAACAAUCUCGAAGCUGGAUUCUUCAGCAAGAUGAGCUCACUCAGCAUUAACGAGCCCUAUGAGCGCAAGAUCAAGCCUUUGUCCAGCACCAAGGGCAAGCAGAUGAUGGUUUCACGCGGAGGCGAUCUCUUCGAGAAGAAGCCCCCUCGUGCAUUUGAGGGCGAAGCCUAUUUUGACCCGGUUAAAUACCAGCACAAGCUUGAGCGCAAGGCCAAGCAGAAGCAGUUGACCUAUCGCUUCAACCCCGGUGGCAAGGGUUGCGACACCUUUGAUGGACCCAUCUCGCACAUGGAUCCCCGCUCACGCCCCGUCAAAAAGAGUGCCAAGGAGCCACGCAACUUCCUGACCAAUCCCGGCAAGAAGGGAACCGGCUUUGGGUUUUCAGGCGUAACUCUCAGUCAGCCGGCUUACCUGCCGCAAGAUUUCGAGUCCGAGCAGCGUCUCGAGCUCACUCGCAAAAAACUUGAGCCUCGCGGAAAGCGCUUUCAAACUGUUGUGCGCAGCAGUUCCAACGGCACCUUUGACUCCAAUCCCUAUCGUCCCUAUUCUGGGAAGCUCCCGCGUCCGCGUACAACCCCGGCUGCCAAGGCGAAAGAGCCAGUGGUCCCGUUCAAGCCGACCUCUACUUCGGGCUCGCGCAAGGCGGUGGCGGGUAAAACGUCUCACCUGGACACGUUCUCCCCAUUCAGCUAUGCCCCAGACCCAUAUCAGAAGAAGACCAAGAAGAAGACAAAGGCCAACCCCAAAACCUUUCGACCAACAGCUCCGGCCAAGUCGAGCUACGUCCGCUCCCCCAUGGCCAUGACAGUCACACGUUCCCUCCUGCCCCGUUUGCCGUUGCUGAGCCGUUUGAGUGGCGUCAAGUUGCAGCCAUGGCCUGUCAUCAACUGA